UGAACAGUUCUUAAAUUGUGACCAUAAAUGUUUAUGAAUAACAUAAUAGAUUGAAUAUCAUUAAUAGUUAAAUUUGCAAAAUUAAAAUUGUUGUCUGUUUUAAGAAAAGCAUUAGACAUUUAAUCGCUCAGUGUAUGCUAAUAGAAUCUAUUUAAACUUCUUGUGUCUCUCAAAUCGGAUAAGACAAAAUGAAAUACUAUACUUUAGAUUAAGACACUAUAAAUAGGCGUCUCGUUUAAUGUUUGUUGCCAGUUUUUAAAGAGCUAAAGUAAAGUUAUGUUGCGUUUCGGAAUUAUAUUUUCACUGCUAGUUUUGAGUACUUCAGCCAUUGAAAAUGGCACUGAAGAUAGUACCCUAUUGACAAUAUUUGAUAAUGUUCUAGCAACAAAAUCUGAGGUGGCUGCUGUGCGUGCAGAGCAAGAGCGCCAGGCAGCGAUUUUGGAGGGCUUGGACCAAAACCUAAAAGCCUUUGUGACCAAUGAAUAUCCUGCCAACUGCGCCGAGUCAUCAAACAGCAGCAAUCCAUUGAUCCGUGUGCCCGGGUACAGUGCGUACCCCUUUGAGGUGACCUGCGAUCAGGAGAGUCACGGUGGCGGUUGGACUGUGAUUCUGCGACGAAGCGAUGGAAGCCAGGACUUUUUCCUCGAAUGGAAGGACUACAAGAAAGGCUUUGGCCGCCUGGACAACGAGUUCUUCAUCGGGCUGGACAAAAUGCAUGCGCUGACGGCAGAAAAGCCCCAGGAACUCCUAGUCCUGCUGGAGGAUUUCAAUGGCAACCAGGCCUACGUGCUGUACGACAACUUUAGCGUUGGUCCCGAGAGCAACAACUACACCCUGGAAUCGGUGGGAUCUUUUUCUGGAGAUGCCGGCGACUCACUCACCUAUCACUUGAACAGCCAGUUCAGCACCAAGGAUCGCGACAACGGGAUAACGAAAGGCGGCUGCGCAAAAUAUGCCAAAGGUGCAUGGUGGUAUUACAAUUGUCAUAACAGAAUGGCAACGCGUCAUCGGCUUCUAAAUUCAAUUGCCAGUCGAAUGACUAACGCGGAACGGAAGUAACAGAGGAACUACGACAGGAACUGGUGUAUAGGGAACAACCUGUCUAUAAGGAGGGGAUGCAAAAACAAGUGCAACCAACGUUGCGGCUCGCUGAACGCAUCAGCUCAAAAGUUGCAGUUGCAGUUUAUUGGCCACAAACGAAUGCGAACACAAAAUAAAGGUAAAAUUGCCAUAGAUGGGGCAAUUAGUUGCUGCCAAGAAAGCGUGCAAAAAUAGGAAGCAACAGAGCAACAGGUAACAGAAUUUUCGGAUCCAAUCUUUAUACUUCGGUGAU